AUGGCGUUCGCACAAGCUCAAGGCAUCGUGCAGGCCGCCAAGGUGGCAUACAUGGGCAGAGGCUACAUGACUGCGUUCAAGGAAUCCCGCCCAAAGCCACAUCCCGCUCCCUUCAUUCUGAGGCAUACACUCUUCCUCCUCCCUCUACUCGCCGUCAUCUCAGCCGUCGCUCUUCUUCUCUCCUAUGGUAUCCCUUGGGUCUAUAAGCGCUAUAAACGCCGCCAGGGCGUCUUCCUCGAAGGCCAGGAGGGCGAAGAGGUCGAGAUCGAGGUGGUCCCACCCGUCAUGCCCUCUCAAGGGCUGUGGUCCGACCUCCGUGCUCACGUCCGCGCUCUCAUGACCGAGGGUGCAUUUAUCGCGUUACUCGAUUUUGUGCGCACGAUCUGCCUCUGCGUGCUUGUCGGUCUCAGCAUCCUCGCUGCUAUCCAGGCAGAACCACCACCCAAGGAGGGGAAGAAUGAGAGCUAUGCCGAAAUCAUGAAGAAGAAGAAGAAGAAGGGCAAGAAGAGGAAGGACAAGCCGAUCCUCGACGAGUUCUCAGCACUCGAGUGGGCAGAGUUCGGCGUCAGCUUCUUCUACCUCUACAACCUCCUCUUCAGCUUCCUACUCCUCACGCUACGCCGCACCAAGCUCCGCAGAAAACUCACGAACCAUGUCGAUCUGCUCCUCAUCCUCGCGUUCGCUCUGUACGCGUACCGCGACAUCUGGCCGUCGCUCACAUACUACCUCUCGCCGUCGGACGUGAACAACUGGGUGACUUGGACGCGUAUUGGCAUCCUCGGAUUUGCUGGUGUCAUGAUCCCCCUCAUCCGCCCGCGCACUUAUGUCCCAGUCGACCCCCUCAAGCCGACUCCGCCAGAGCUGAUCCAUCCCGAACAAACGGCGCCGCCUCUCUUCUUCGUCUUCUACGAAUUCAUGACCGGCCUGGUCCUCAAGGCGUGGGGCACUUCCUCCCUUCCUUAUGAUGACUUCCACCCGUUAGCCGACUACGACCGUGCUGAGUACUUGUACGGUCAGCACAUGAAGACACUCGACCCCGUCAAGCGCCGCGAGCAGGGGCUGCCUCAGCGCCACCUGUUUUUCAACCUAGCGUACGUGUUCAGGUCCACCCUUUUCUGGGCGAGCAUGAUGUGCGUCGUCGCUGCGAUCGCCGAGAUUAUGCCGGCGUACGCGAUCAAGAACGUCCUCACCUACCUCGAAACGGACGGCGAAAAUGCUCGUAUCCGGCCCAUCCUCUGGGUCUUACUCCUCUUCCUCGCCCCGCUCAUGUCGUCUCUCGCCAUCCAAUACUACAUUUUCAUGAUGACUCGUUUCCUCGUCCGCGGCGAGGCUAUCCUGACCCAGCUGCUCUUUGACCAGGCUCUCCGCCUCCGCAUGAAGGACAGCGUCGGCAGCGAGGAAGAGAAGCUUGAUGGCGAGGCUUCGGGCAUCUCGGUCGACACCCCCGACGAAUCGCAGAUUCUGGACCCCACGGUCCAGGCUGCGCACGGCAACUCAGCUGCAAAAGCGGAAACCGAGCCUGUCGCCGAAGCUAAGGCGUCCCACAGCCAGGGCAUCGUUGGGCGAAUCAAUGUCCUCAUGGCCCAAGACGUGGAAUCUGUCGUCGAGGGGCGUGACAUCCCUCUGGUCAUUGUUUACAUCCCAAUCCAGGUCGCGCUUUGCCUCUACCUGCUUUAUGAGGUUCUCAGCUACAGCGCGCUUUUCGGUGUUGCUGCCAUGAUCCUUACGCUCCCCCUGCCCGGCUGGUUCACCGCGCUCGCGACAAGGGUACAGACGGGCAAGAUGGAAGCCACCGACGCCCGUGUCGAUGCGGUCACUGAGGCGGUUGGCGCCCUGCGCAUUAUCAAGAUGUUCGGUUGGGAGGAGAAGAUCAAGGCGCGCAUUGCUGUCAAGCGCGAAGCCGAGCUCAAGCUCACGUGGAAGCGCCGUGUGCUGAAUCUCCUGCUCGAGAUGGUCAACAUCCUGCUCCCCGUAAUGGUAAUGGUUGCGGCGUUCGCCGGGUACACUCUCGUCGAGAAGAAGCACCUCACUUCGUCCACCGUCUACACCUCAAUGGCAGUGUUCGAGCUCCUAAAGGGUCAAAUGAUGAUGGGGUUCUACAUGAUCUCUGAGUGGAUCACCUCUGCUGUCUCACUCCAACGCCUGAACAAGUUCUUGAACGAGAGCGAAAUGAUCGACGCGUACUCACAGGGCAACCAAGUCGUCGUCAACACGCCGGAGAAGAUCGAAGCCGAGAAGGACGGCUUGAUUCGUGUUAAGGACGCUGUGUUUGCGUGGGGAACGGACUCUCCCGACAAGAACGUUAUCAACUUCCGCCUCAGGGUCCCAGAUGUGACGUUCUGGAAGGGCAAGAUCAACCUUGUCUGCGGUCCUACCGGCAGCGGCAAGAGCUCUUUCCUUGCGGCUCUCAUCGGCGAGCUUCAUUUUGAGCCUGAGAACGACACCGCGUUCUUCCACCUGCCUCGCGAGGGUGGUGUGUCCUUUGCCGCGCAGGAGAGCUGGUGCACGUCCACUUCCAUCAAGGAGAACAUCCUGUUCGGCAAGCCAUACGACCGCGCACUCUACCGCAAGGUGUUGCACGACUGCGCGCUGGAGACGGAUCUCAAGCUCUUUGACGACGGCGACGAGACUGAGAUCGGCGAGAAGGGUAUCACCCUCAGUGGCGGACAGAAGGCUCGUGUCACACUGGCACGCGCAAUCUACUCUGGUUCCGCCAUUGUGCUCCUCGACGACAUAUUUGCUGCUCUCGACACUCUCACGUCGCGCUUCAUCCUCGACAACCUCUUCAAAGGCGACCUCGUCAAGGACCGCACCAUCGUGCUCGUGACGCACCACACGCACCUCGCUGGGCCUGUCGCCGACUACAUGGUGAUGCUGGACGCGGAUGGCAGUGUCGCGCAUGCCGGGCCCAUUGACGCCUCGAUGAUCUCCGCAGUCCCAUCCGAGGUUGACCUCACCAGCGCGGGCCAGACGUCCGAGGUGGACGAAGACACGACUGUGGUACCGACUCCCGACGACCUCGAAGAGGCUGAGGAGGAGAACGGAAACGGUCACGCGAAGAAGCCUUCCAAGCUCAUCAAGGACGAGGAGAAGUCGGAAGGCCGCAUCUCGCGCCGGGCACUCAUGUCGUUCUUCGGCACGUUCGGCGGGCCGUCCUUCUGGAUCAUCUACUUUGCUCUGCUCUUCGGCGGCCAGGCCUUGGCGUCCUUCCAGACGUGGUGGCUUGGCCGCUGGGCGAAGGCGUACGAACAGGUCCCUGACCCCGACUGGGUAUCAGUUCCCUUCUGGCUUGGCCUCUACGUGGUGUGGGUCGUGCUCAGUGUUCUGGGUUUCGCGGUAUCCGCAAUCAUCUACUACAUUGGCGCGAUGAAGGCGUCGCGCGCGAUUCACCAGAAGCUGGUCGACCACAUUUUUGGUGCAUGCAUGCGCUUCAUCGACACGACACCGGUGGGCCGCAUCAUCUCGCGCUUCACCAAGGACAUGAGGUCGGUUGAUGGUCCAUUCACCGAGCUCGCUGUUGGGGUGUUCGAUAUCACCAUGGGCCUGAUCAUCAAACUGGCCACCAUUGUCGUUAUGGUCCCCUUCUUCAGCAUCCCGGCCAUCAUCAUGGGCGUGCUCGGCGGAUUUAUCGGCGAGAUGUACAUCCACGCACAACUCAGCGUCAAGCGUGAGAUGUCGAACGCCAAGAGCCCACUGUUCUCGCAUCUGGCCUCAUCAGUUUCUGGCAUCGUCUCCAUUCGUGCGUACGGCGCUCAGGAGCAAAUCAAGAACCAGACGCGUGAGAAGGCCGACAAGUACACGCGCACGGCCACUGCAUUCUACAACCUGAACCGCUGGGUGACUGUGCGGAUCGACAUGCUCGGCGGUCUGUUCUCCAUGACGCUCGCCAUCUUCCUCGUCUACGUCGUCCACCUGGGCCCCGAUACCUCUGGCUUUGUCCUCAUGCAGGCCAUUUCGUUCGCAGGCACCAUCCUCUGGUGGGUUCGGAUGCUCAACGACAUGGAGGUGCAGGGCAACUCGGUCGAACGCAUCGAAGACUACCUCUCCAUUGACCAGGAGCCGAAAUACCAGAGCCAUCUUGCGACGCCCGCCGCCUGGCCGUCGUCUGGCGAGAUCGUGUUUGAGGGUCUGAGUGCCAAGUACUCCGAGGAUGGCCCGACCGUGCUUGACAAUCUCACGUUCACCGUCAAGAGCGGCGAGAAGGUCGGCAUUGUGGGACGAACUGGCAGCGGCAAGUCCACCCUUGCUCUCGCUCUCCUCCGCAUGCUCCCGACCACAGGUACGGUUCUAAUCGAUGGCAAGGAGACGGACAAAAUCAAUCUGCACGACUUGCGCUCGAACGUGACAAUCAUCCCGCAAGACCCAAUCCUGCUCUCGGGCACUCUGCGUUUCAAUCUCGAUCCGUUUGGCGAGCGGCAGGACGCGGAGCUGAACGACGCACUUGACCGCUCAGGCCUUCGUGCGGUGGCACGUGCUCCUUCCGGCGGAGCCACUCCGAUGCGCAUCACGCUGGACACGCAGAUUGCCGCUGGCGGCUCGAACCUCUCGCAGGGGCAGCGGCAGCUCGUGGCGCUCGCACGCGCACUUGUGCGCCGGAGCAAGGUGCUGAUUCUGGACGAGGCGACUGCGUCUGUUGAUUUCGCGACCGACGCGGUCAUCCAGAAGUCGAUCCGUGACCUGCCGUCGGACACGACGGUGCUGACGGUGGCGCAUCGCCUGGCGACUGUAAUGGACUACGACAAGAUUUUGGUCCUUGGUGCGGGCAAAGUGCUUGAGUUUGACUCGCCUAGCGCUCUCAAGGAGGACAAGGACUCGUACUUUGCCAAGUUGGUGCAGGCGAUGAAGAGCUAG